GCUGGUGGGGCUCCAGUUACAGCCCUAUAAAGGGUGCUGGGCUCCACAGACAGGAGGAGCUCCUAGCAGCUUGCAGCCAUGGGGAGAAGUGCUUUUGCCCUGGUGCUCGCCCUUGCCCUGGCAGUGUGUGUUGCCCCCGUGGAGAGGAAGUGCCUUCUCUCCGGGUCGUGGCGGAGUGACACCAGCUGCCAGUUGGUUGUGUCCACCCUGGACAAGGACAACAGAUUCUCCGGUUUUUACCUGCCAGGACCUGCUGCUGGCUACUCAGAACUCCUCUCCUUACCACUGGAGGGGUCCCAGCAAGAUACAGGGCUGGUCCCACAGCCCAUUUUCUUCUUCACUGUGAGCUGGAGGCUCCAAGACUCAGAGAUUGCCCGGAGAAGUGUCUUCCUGGGCCAGUGCUAUGUGGACACCAAGGGAGAGGAGACCCUGCAUGCCCUGUGGCUCCUGCGAGAGGCAGCCGACAGUCCUGCAGAGGACUGGAAAGCCACCCGGAUUGGCACCAGCACCUUCACACGGAUAAAAUAACAGCAAGUGGGAAAAUCCAGCAGGCUCAGGAUGGCAAGGAGUGCCUAGGCAGACUUUGCCCGCACCAAUAUGCUCACUUGAGGUGCAACCUCAACCCAGAGGUUCAUGCUUUCUUAGGCAAGUUCACCAAAUAAAGGGUUUCU